AACAUGCACCAGGCAGGCACAGAUUCUCCUGCCGCUCAGUCUUAUGUGUGUACUGUACCUGUUCACACAGAGACACCAUAUGCCUCGUCACCUCAUUUUGCUUCUUUAGCUCCAUGUUUAUCGGUCACAAACAUUAGAUUUCUCCGCGUUUUGCCGGUGGUCUUUACAGUCGGAGGAGCAUCAUGGAGCACAUGUCAUCUCCAGUCAGGUUUCGCAGCAACAAAAAAGAUAUCCAGUCUGUCCAUCGAGGACCAGGAGAACGCUCACUGUCCUUUCGCCAUGAGAGAUUUGCCUCCAGCCUCUCUGCCCAAUGAGCAGUGCCAAAUACCAGGCCAACAGACAUCAGUCAUCAACUAUGGGGCUGAGGGAACCGGAGCAGCCACCAAUGGAAGUCACCCCAGCCCCACUGGGACCCCACCUCUGCCUCUGCCUCUGCCUCACCCCACUGGGACUCCGCCUCUGCCUCGUCCCACUCCCUGUAACCCGACUGGAUCUCCGGUCGUUCCUCAUAGACCAAAUCGUGCAGGGACAGGCAGAGAUGUCCAGAGUCUGCCAAUGAAGAGGCAGCUGGUCUCACAGGGGUCUCUGGACCCGCCGCUCAGCCCGGCCUCACGUCCACACAGCCCCUGGGGAUUCUUUGACCCAUAUGACUCUCCAGAGGAUCAAGACAAGGAGUAUGUUGGCUUUGCCAUGUUACCUAACCAGGUUCAUAGAAAGACAGUGAAGAAAGGUUUCACCUUUACUUUGAUGGUGGCUGGCGAGUCUGGUCUAGGUAAAUCCACCCUGAUAAAUAGUUUGUUCCUCACAGAUCUUUAUAAAGAGAGAAAAGUUCCCAAUGCAGAAGAAAGGAUAAAUAAAACAGUCGACAUUGUCAAGCACACCGUUAGCAUCGAAGAAAAAGGAAUAAAACUGCGCCUCACCAUCAUAGACACACCAGGGUUUGGAGAUGCUGUCAACAACACCGAAAGUUGGAAGCCCCUUGAAGACUACAUCGACCAGCAGUUUGAACAGUACUUCAGAGAUGAGAGCGGCUUGAACAGAAGAAACAUCCAGGACAACAGAGUCCACUGCUGCCUCUACUUCAUCUCUCCAUUUGGACAUGGACUUCGUCCCCUUGACGUGGAGUGCAUGAAAGCGUUGCAUGAAAAAGUUAACAUUGUUCCCAUACUGGCCAAAGCUGACAGCCUGACAGCAGCAGAGAUGCGCAGAAAGAAGAUGAAGAUCCGAGAGGAAAUCAAGCAGUUUGGCAUCAACAUCUACCAGUUUCCUGAGUAUGACUCGGAUGAAGAAGCAGAUUUUAAAAGACAGGACCAGAUACUUAAGGAUAGCAUCCCGUUCGCAGUAAUUGGGAGCAACAUUCAGGUGGAGAGUAAAGGUCGUAGAGUCAGGGGUCGGAUCUAUCCCUGGGGCAUGGUCGAAGUGGAGAACCCAGUUCACUCUGACUUCCUACUGCUGAGGAACAUGCUGGUGAGGACGCACAUGCAGGACCUGAAGGAUGUGACGCGGGAGUCACACUACGAAAACUACAGAGCCAAUUGCAUCCAAAACAUGACGCGCAUGGUGGUGCUUGAGAGGAAACGCAGUUUACGCGAGAAGUUUCGAGAAGGAAGCGGGGUGGAUUUCCCUCUGCCGCUGGCCGUCGUCGACACCGAGAAGGAAAGACUCAUCUUUGAGAAAGACGAGGAGCUGAGGAAGAUGCAGGAGGUGCUGGAGAGGAUUCAGGAGCAGAUGCUGAACACCCAGGCAGGCGGCUGCUGAUGACAUCAUAAUCCCAUGAGGAGAAGAGAUCAAGGAGGGAGUUCCAGGAACAGCACAAGGAACACCUUUUCUAAUCAACAUGAUCAAAACAGCUCAUAGUCAAAGCAAAUCCGCCAUAUUGAAAUUAGGCCUUUAACUGAACGCUGUCAUCUGCAACAGUGAACAGAAGGUUUUCAGUGGGUCGCACACAUGAUGGGAAAGUUGACUGAGAUUUUUUAAGCAUGAGUCACUUGUCAUGAGACAGCCUGCUGCUACAAUUAUGUAGUUUUAUUUGAUUUGCUCUGUUUAUUUGUUUCAGGAAGACUCCUUUAUGAGCAAACAUUGGUAAUGGUUGUACACUGCCAUCUAGUGGACAAAGACACUGAGCUUAUGUUUUUUAUUACGUUAAAUGUGCAUCUCUAUUUGUGAGUCAAGUGUUGUGUUUUUGUAUUCAUCUUUUGACAGAUUGUAACUUUGCUGUUUUGUAUGGACAAUAAACUCAUGAAACAAAUUUUUAAAAAGCA